AUGAAUACAACCGAUCAACAACACUUUUUGGCUGGUAAACGUAUCAUCAUUGCAGGUGGUGGAAUCGGUGGAUUAACUUUUUGCAUUGCACUACAACAUUUUCUUGAUAAUGCAACAAAAAAAAUCGAACCACCACCGACUAUUACCGUUUAUGAACGUGAUACAUCAGUCGAUGCUGUUGGACGAGAAGGCUAUUCACUUUCAAUUCGCGGAGAUGCAAUUAGUGGCGGAAUGCAAACACUUCAAAAACUUGGUAUUCUUGAUGAAAUGAUCACAGAAAGUAAUCCCGGUACACAUUUUACACUCUUCAACACUGAUUUUUCUCCAUUGAUGCAAAUUCGAUCACCACCUGUUGAAGGUUUAUCUCAAUCAAGUUUUCGUAUUGCACGUUCCAAAUUGCCUGAUGACACUCAAGAACAAUGUGAUUUAUUAAUAGUUGCUGAUGGUUCAAACAGUCUUAUUCGAAAAGCACUUCGACCAGAGCAUGUACUCAAUUUCGCUGGUGCUGUUAUAAUUGCAGCAUGUACUCGAACUUUAGACAAAUCUCGUGAAUCGAAGGCUGCUGGAACAAUACCUGAUAAUGAGAUUGAUGAGAUUUUAACUGAAGCUAAAGAACGUACAAAAGUUUACGGUGAACCUAUGCCUACAUUAUUCAAAGAGACAUUGCGUAGCAGUGUUGCUGUUUUCAAUGCCAAAGAUAUGACACCCUUUCGAAAUCAUGGUUCAGUUAUUUUUAUUGAUGAUGCUCAACAUGCUAUGAGUCCAUUUGCUGGGAAUGGAGCAAAUAUGGCUAUCAUGCAUGGUUAUCAACUUGCAGAUCAAUUAGUUCAUGCUAAAGACUUAACGACAGCAAUAAAGUCUUAUGAUGAUUUAAGUAUUCCAAGAUCAACAAGUGCCAUCAAUAUGAGUCGUCGAAGUAUUGCUAUAGGCCAUUCGCAAGGUUUCUGGAAAUAUAUGUGGGUAACAGUACUCAAACUUAUGGGAUGGUACUUCGGUCUUAAUUAUCAACAUGAUCAACAAUCAAAUUGA